UCAAAACAGAGAAGCACAAAGCAAGGAAAUUGAAGAGCUAUUGGAGAAAUUUUGAGUUCUUCAAUGGCUGCCUUGCAUUACAAGCUUCUCAUUUUUCUCCCUCUCCUCUUUAUAAUUAAUGGGAUUGACGCAGAACCUCAUUUUACUCAUUUGCCUCAUUUCCCUCAAUUCCCUUCCUUCCACCCCUUGGGUUUCGAUGAACGAGAUGGCAAUGGUCGCAUAGUUGAGGGCGCGGAUUUUGCUUCUGCUGAAGGCUUUGAUCCAAGGCCUGAUAGGCCAGAGCCCCAUAAUGGUCCUACUGCCGGUAGGGCAGAGCCCGCUGCUGAUCUUAAACGCAGCAGGCAAAACUUCCACAAUAAGAAGCGUGCCGCGCGUCCCAAGCUUGACUUGCCGGGACUUCCCGGUGUUCCUCAGCCUGGCAAGCCAGCGGCAGAUGUAACUUCACAUGACUUCCCAACCCAAUUCACUGGGGCGUGGCAAGUUGUUCAAUUGAACUCAGGCGUGUCGGCCAUGCAUUUGAAUUUGCUCCCCAACAACAAGAUCCUAAUGUACGAUGCCACUGCCUUCCGUAUUUCCAACCUUAAAUUGCCUAACGGACAAUGCAUACCCUUCAAGAAUGACAAGGGCGAGCAGUUAACAGAUUGUUGGGCUCAUGCAGUUGAAUAUGAUGUUCAAACCAAUGCAGUCAGGCCGCUAAAGGUCCUUACAGACCCAUGGUGCUCAUCAGGAGGGCUGACCGCCGACGGUAGGUUUAUAAGCACCGGUGGUUGGUUGGAUGGAACUAGAAGUGUUAGAUACUUCGAUGCAUGCCCCACAUGUGACUUUAGGGAUCUCCCCGACGCUUUGGCAGAACCAAGAUGGUAUUCAACACAAGUUACCCUGCCUGACGGUAGAUUCAUUAUAGUCGGUGGCCGCAAGGCAUACAGCUUUGAGUACGUUCCACGGGAAGGACAAGCCAACAAGCAAGCCAUCUUCUUGCCAAUGCUCGACGAAACCACCGACCUAGACGAAAACAACCUCUAUCCUUUCGUCCACCUUUCGACAGAUGGCAACCUCUUCAUCCUCGCCAACCGCCGCUCUGUCCUGCUCAACCCUCAGACCAACAAAUUAAUCAAAGAGUUCCGCGUGUUGGGUGGUGGAUCGCGAAACUACCCGGCAUCAGGGAUGUCAGCCCUGCUGCCGAUAGACCUGAGUGUCCCCAACCCUCAGCUCGUCCCUGCCGAGGUCAUUGUUUGCGGUGGUGCAAAGCCCGGGGCUUAUGCCCUUGCAGGCAAGCAGAAGUUCAUUCCCGCGUUGCAAGAUUGUGCCAGGCUUCGGAUUACAGACGCUGACCCUAAGUGGGUUAAGGAAAAAAUGCCCUCUCGCCGUGUCAUGGGAGAUCUACUUAUCCUCCCAACUGGAGACCUCUUGCUUAUUAACGGUGCCCAACUAGGUGUGUCAGCAUGGGCUAUGGCAGAGCAACCCAACUUCACUCCUGUGCUUUACAGUCCCAACAACAAACCAGGAAACCGAUUCAAGAACUUGCAACCGACUCUGAUUGCAAGAAUGUACCACUCAACCUCCGCACUCCUCCCUAAUGGCAAAAUCCUUGUAGCAGGCAGCAACACCAACCCAGGGUACCAGUUCCAGGCCAAGUACCCAACCGAGAUGAGAAUCGAGCACUUCUCGCCGCCUUACCUGGACCCGGCAUUGGCUAUCCACCGCCCUGCCAUCAUGGACAAGAACUCCGACAUCAAGUUGAAGUACGGCAAGCCAUUCAACGUCCAGUUUCAGCUCCAAGACAACCCCGCGGCCAUUGCAGACAUCAAGGUGACAAUGUACGCGCCGCCUUUCACGACUCACGGGUUCUCGAUGAACCAGAGGUUGGUUAUUUUGGGAAAGAAUGACUUGAAGAACGUGGCACGGGGUGUUUACAAGCUUCAAGUGGCGGCGCCACGUUCGAGCAUGUUCGCUCCGCCAGGGUACUACCUGCUUUUUGUUGCCUAUCGCGGUGUGCCUAGCGUGGGAAUUUGGGUGCAGAUUCUGUAAUUAAUUAGGGCUGGCUUAAUUUCCUAGCUUCAUGAUCGCCUGCUUCACUCAUGUUUAAAUCAAAAUUAAUUAAUUAUUUUGAUUAUACCAUGAUAUCUUUCUCUUUU